AUGAACAACCGCUCGUGUCUUGACAUUUUAAGAAUUCGAAACAUCCCUGCUGGUGUUACGACUCCAUGCCGAUUUGUAGACGAAAUCGUUCCAACUCAAAACUUCAGCAAAAUGAAAACACUCCUUACUGUUCUGAUUCUCAUUGGAGCUGUACUCUGUGGCCCUCAUGGAUCGGAUGAGUUCGAAGGAAGAGAUGGACCAGGAGGGCGUGGAGGUAGAGGUAGAGGAGGUCCUGGAGGAAGAGGUAGACCACCUUUCCGUCCUAGACCUCCACCACCGUACCUUAGAAAUGUGACCGAAGAGGCACGCAGAGAAUACUUCGAUAUUGUGUCGAACAUGAACACAACUUUCGCGAAACAAAAGGAAGAGAUCUUGGCAUGGGGAGAGAAAUAUGGAGUUCUAACUCAAGUCGAAGAGUUCAACGCGAACAUGACUUACAUGAAAGACGAGAUGAAGAAAAAUGUUACCGAGUUGAUUUCUAAGUUGCCGGAAGCUCUCCAAAACUUCUCUGCACUUAUGGAGAAUGAGAACCAGACUCCUAUUCAACUUCACGAAGCCAUCGGCAAACUUAACGCUGAGGAUCCAAAAUUGUACAAUGUUCUGAAGUUCAUUUUGCACCAAUUCAUGCCGAGACAUGGACCAAGAGGACCCGGAAAGCGAGGGGGCAGAGGAGGCCCAUGGGGAUUCGGGGGUCCAGGUGGUGAAGGAGAUUUCGGAGGACCAGAAGGAUUCAGAGGACAACAAGGAUUUGGGGGACGGGGAGGUCAACGGGGUUUCGGAAGUCCAGGAGGAUUUGGAAGCCGAGGAAGUGAAGGAAGUUUCGAAGGAAGAGAUGGUUUUGGACAGCCAAACAACAUUGAACAAGGCCAGGAAGGUUUCGAGGAGUACGCAAAUGGAAUCCAGGGGACUCAAGGUGGAUUUGGUGAGCAAGAUAAUGGAUUCCGGUUCUAA